AUGGGGAGAAGCGAAACCCAACAUCUGGACCGAUGGACCCCCUUUUGGCCAUGGCGACAACUUAUCUCUUUAUCACUCGAUCUUCUUGCAGCUGAAUCAAGCCAGGGCAAGCAGCCCCAAUUUGGUGCGACCAUGACUGCCCGGUUGCUCCAUCCCGAUGAAUGGGAAAUGGCGUCGCGGUCGUCAAUCGACUCCCAGGGUACAUUUAACCUCGACGAGGCCGAUUUUGAGUCCCAGGUCCCUCCCACAUCCCAAUUUGGCAAGCGCCGACUGCCCUGGCUUUCCCGACUCUUUUCGACGGCAACAUCAGGCUAUCGCCGUUUGAAGACCAACUCGAGACCGGCCCUCGCAGGCACCCCGCGACCAAGCUGCUCCCGCCGAUUCUGCAUUCGCCGUUGCUGCUACCUUCACGUCGUUGCGGGUAUCGUGUUUACUCUAGUGCUGUUCACCUCGAUCCUGUUCCCUUCCUAUACACACCCACCAGCGCGCUACACCACGCUCCGCGAGUCGGUGCUUGGAAGUUCUUACUCGGGACGUGGCAAUCCACGGGGCGAAAAGGUGUUCAUUGCAGCCAGUCUGUAUGAUAGCGGGGGUGAGCUUGCUGGGGGCCAAUGGGGAGAACAGCUCAUCGAUCUCAUCGAUCUCCUCGGGCACGACAAUGUAUACCUGAGCAUCUACGAGAACGAUAGCGGCGACGAGGGAGAACGUGCACUACGUGAGUUGGAAAAAAGGGUGACGUGUCAAAAGUCCAUCGUGUCAGAGAAGCACCUGGAUCCAAAGAGUCUGCCGACUGUGACUAUUCCAGGUGGCUCAACUCGAGUGAAACGCAUCGAAUAUCUGGCGCAGGUCAGAAACAAGGCUUUACAGCCAUUGACCGACAUUCCCGAUAUGAAGUUCGAUAAACUCCUCUAUCUAAAUGAUAUCCUCUUCCACCCCAUCGACACGGUUCAACUUCUCUUCUCGACCAACGCAGACGCAGACGGCAUCGCGCAAUAUCGGGCAGCGUGUGCUGUAGACUUCGACAACCCUUUCAAGUUCUACGAUACAUACGCAACCCGCGACCUUGAGGGCUACAGCAUGGGUCUUCCUUUCUAUCCAUGGUUCACGACAUCCGGAAGAGGCGAGAGCCGAAGCGAUGUCUUAGCUGGAAAAGACGCUGUGCGAGUGCGCAGCUGCUGGGGUGGAAUGGUCGCUUUUGAUGCAAAAUAUUUCCAAUCCGGGUCCCCACCCACAUCCCCCAAUCCGGCACGCUUCCGUUCCGGCCAGGAUCUCUUCUGGGAGGCGUCUGAAUGUUGCCUCAUCCACGCAGAUAUCCAGGAUCCCCAGACUGACCUAGACAAUAUUUCCGACACUGGUGUCUACAUGAACCCUUUUGUGCGGACUGCCUACAACCACCGCACUCUUUCGUGGCUGGGUAUCACUCGCCGCUUUGAAGGGCUGUACUCGUUCCUCCACAACCUGGGUAACCAUCUCGUGGGCCUGCCGUGGUAUAAUCCACGGCGGGUGGAGGUUCCUGGCCAGAAUGUCAAGGAGACGGUAUGGAUCCCGGACGCCAAGUUGGAUGGCGGUGGCUCAUUCCAAGUUGUUGAUCGGGUCGCUGGCAAUGACGGCUAUUGUGGACGUCGUGGUCUUCAGGUUAUUGUUGAAGAUCGGAAGCCUGGACAAAAAGGCUUUGAAAAUAUUCCUGUUCCUUCAUAG